AGCCAUAAGUUUAUCAUCUCUAACCAAAAGGGGUGCUUCCUUUCUGCCUUUAUUGGGUUUUGUACCUUUAAAAAAUGUGAAAUCGUUGAAGCUUUCAGUUAAGAGGGCUGCAUUCUUCAUGGAGCUUGUUGUUAGCAAAUGGGUAUUUGCAUUUUCACUCUUUUGUUGGCUAAUCUUCUCUGUAGGAUUUUCAGUGGAGGAAGUGCAUGGAGAUUCUAAAGUGAGAGGAGUUAACUUAGGAGGCUGGUUGGUUAUCGAAGGUUGGAUCAAACCUUCUCUUUUUGAUGGCAUUCCCAAUGGAGACAUGCUUGAUGGAACACAGGUUCAAUUCAAGUCAGUGACAUCGCAGAAAUAUGUUUCUGCAGAGAGUGGCGGUGGGAUGGACAUUUCAGUCAAUAGAGAUGAUGCAUCUUCAUGGGAAACCUUUACUCUAUGGAGAGUUUCUGAAUCUGAAUUUCAGUUCCGCACCACACAGGGCCAAUUUCUAACAUGUUAUGGUAAUGGAUGCUCUGUAUCUGCAACAGCAAAAUCAGCUUCUUCAACUGAAACAUUUCAAAUUGAAAGAAAUAAUAAUGAUAAAGUUCACAUCAAAAUAAAGAGUGGAACCUAUCUGCAGGCCAGCAUGGAUAAUCAGCUGACAGCAGAUUAUCCAGGAACACCAGGAUGGGAUGAUAACGCAGCCACAUUUGAAAUGUCAAUUGUAGCUAAUAACUUGCAUGGAGAUUAUCAGCUUGCAAAGGGAUAUGGACGUAGCAAGGCAAAACAAGUUCUUGAGAAGCAUAGAAACACGUUUAUCAACGUAGGGGAUUUUGAAUUUCUAUACAGACAUGGAAUAAAUACUGUAAGGAUCCCUGUUGGCUGGUGGAUUGCUUAUGAUCCGGAUCCUCCAGCCCCAUUCAUUGGAGGAACGUUAGAAGCUCUUGAUAAUGCAUUCUCUUGGGCAGAAGCCUACAGCAUAAAGUGCAUUAUCGACCUUCAUGCAGCACCUGGCUCCCAAAAUGGAAUGGAACAUAGUUCUAGCCAAGAUGGCACAACAGGCUGGCCUACAUCUUCCGAUUACAUUUCACAGACGUUGCAUGUUAUAGAUUUUCUAGCUUCCAGGUACGCCAAACAUCCCUCCUUGCUGGGAAUCGAACUAUUAAACGAGCCCUCUGCUGCAGAAGUUCCAUUGGAUACAUUAGUUUCAUAUUACAAACAAGGCUAUGAAGUGGUGCGCAAAUACUCUCCAUCGGCUUAUGUGAUAAUCUGCCAAAGAAUUGGCAAUGCAGAUCCACUGGAACUUUAUCAAGCUGAUAUAGGCUCUCACAACCUAGUGGUGGAUUUGCAUUACUACAAUCUGUUCGACACAUUCUUUGUUAACUUGAGUGCUAUAGACAACAUCCAAUUUAUAUAUAAAAGCAGGGAGGCUCAGCUACAAGCUUUGAAUGGAGUAAACGACCCCCUCAUUUUUAUCGGUGAGUGGGUGAAUGAGUGGAAUGUUACAAGUGGAUCUGAAUCAGAUUAUCAAGAGUUUGGAAGGGCUCAAUUAGAGGUGUAUGAUGCAGCUUCCUUUGGUUGGGCUUACUGGACGCUCAAAAAUGAUAGAAAGCACUGGGAUUUCGAAUGGAACAUAAGGAACAAUUAUCUCCAAUUAAGUAAACAUUCUUAA